AUGAAGGAACACUUUCCACAAAUCUGUAAUUAUAUUAAUGUGCGGGAUCUCCGUGGUGGUGCAAGCCAUCCUGACCCUUCUCCUCAUCAACAGAGGGUCGUGUUUCGCUUGUGUAAGGUCCCGAGGGUGUCUCUCUGUAUAUUAAUCGCGAGGCACGUGCCGGGCGCGCGUGUGACCGCCCCGCGACUCUGUUCCCACGUCGCUCCCGUGACGUCACCGCUCGAGGAAAGCCUUCCCGAAUAUUUUAUUGUUUGA